AUAGUCUAUUCUCCAUCUUAUAAAUAUAAACCCGAAUUAAAAAAUGUAAUGAUUAGUACGUAUUGAAAGCGUAAGUGUUUAAGUUGUGGGAAAUACCAUGCAAAUAACAAAGAUAAAAUGGAUAAGUUGACAGUUAUUUCUGGAGCAUUAUUUUUGUCUGCCGAUAUAUUUGCAGUGGUUAGUCUAAUUCUACCAGAUUGGAUUGUUACUGAAGUAGGAGGUGAUACUCGGAUUGGCCUAAUGCAGACAUGUAUGACGAUAUAUGGUCGUUCUCAACUUUGCUUUUCACCAAAUCUCCAGCCAGAAUGGAUGCUAACUUUGAUCUGUAUCAUCAUUGGAGCCCUUUGUGUGACAGCCACCAUUGGUCUUCUCUUCAUGUCUCGGUGGAAUAUGCACGUAAUUCAUUAUGCAAGAUGGGUUGGUUUUUCUGCAAUGGUAUUGUUCUGCCUGGCAGCAGUCAUAUUCCCACUUGGUUUCACCAUGGAGGAAAUUGGAGGAGAACCGUAUCAACUUCCUAGCCAUCAUCAUGUGGGCCUUUCAUACAUUUUUUUUGUACUAGCACUGUGGAUUACAGUAAUCUCAGAACUGUUUGCAGGAAAAGUGUGUAUGCCUCACUUCUAGUUUUCUUCACUUUUUAAACAGUAAUGCAAGUAGUUUCUAUAUACAGAAAUCUACUGCUUCAUUCUUCCCUAUUAAAGAACAAUGGUUUUGAGCCAUUACACUAUGAGAGACUGAAAGCAAUUCACGUGAAAUUAAUUGCUGUAAUGAGAUGUGUAACUAUUAUCAAAUUACGUGUCUUAAACUUUUUAUCUGGUGUACAGUUAUAAAUAUUUCUAAAUGUUGUAAAAUAUAGAGUUGAAUUCCUACA